ACGAGUUCGUAAAAACAACCAUGUCAUUAUUAAAGCAUAACUGUGACCAUAAUUUGUGUUUUUUUAGCUUUUUUGCACUCCGUUAAAUGUCCCUUCCUAAACCCGGAAGUGUGACGUAAGCUCCAGUAGGCGGCAGAAAACAUGGCGGACCACAGCAGCACCAGCGAUUGUGACAUUUCCAGCGAAAGUAGCCCUUCAGGAUCGUUGUGUCGUGGCGAGGGGUCCCAGGAAAGGCAGUAUACAAUAACUCCUUACAUGUUUGAACCUGAGGUGUCAGAUGACGAUUUACACAGCACAUCAGACGGUGGUGAUGACGCAGACUGGCGACUUGACACAUCACGUAAGGACGAGUGGUGUUGCUGUAAACACUGUCAAGUAAUGACCCUUCCAAGAGAAUGCCUUUGCUGUCAGGAGAUCCCGGAAGUGAGAGGCAAACUUGAGGAGGCAGAAGCACUGACGGAUACAUUGCCGGAGUGCAUUUUGGAUCACCCUGGCCUGAAUGCCAUUUGUUUCAACCCUUGGGCCCUUCAGUGUGCUUGGGCCAGGUACAAGCAACUGUAUGGUGGCAAGGCAUUUGAGGGGCCCACAGAUGCCAAAUUUAGACAUGUCGCCUACAGACAAUUUGUCACCUGGUGCUGGGAGUAUCUAGGCAAAGACAUUAGAGUGGUACUCCCCUCAUGUUUUGUGUCUUCCAUCAGGGCACACUUCCCUCCUCCUGGUCUAGAAGAGGAUUUUGUGUUUGCAGGGCACAAACUACCAACAUUGAAGAAGUAA